AUGCCCCAUGAUUGGUCAAAGAGCACAACGAUUCCGAUAUGGAAAAAUGAAGGCAAUAUUGCGGAUUGUUCAACGUAUCGUCCAAUCCGGCUGAUGAGCCACACUCUGAAGAUAUUUGAAAGAGUUGAGUUGCCAUCCAGUCAAUGCGGAUUUGUAAAAAGUGCCGGUAUUGCUGAUGCCAUUCAUGCUGUACGGAUAGUGAUGGAGAAGCAUAGAGAAAAACGAAGAGAGCUGCAUGCGGCUUUCCUCGAUAUGGAGAAAGCUUUCGACAAGGUACCCCAUGAUGUCAUAUGGUGGGCACUGCGAAAGCACAUGAUUCCAAAAGUAUACAUCCAAUGA